AAUAUUAUUGAAGUGAAGGCAGCUGCUUGUAAUUUAUAUCUUGGUGGCGAUGAUUUUGAUCUUCGAAUUGUUAAACAUUUUGUUCAAGAAUUUAGACGCAAGUUUAAAAAGGAUCUCACUGUAGAUGGUCGUGCAAUGAGUCGUCUUAGAGCUGCCUGUGAGCGUGCAAAAUGUACACUUUCUGUCACAACUCAAGCAAAUAUUGAAAUUGAUUCUCUUUUUGAGAGUAUUGAUUUUUACACUUCUUUGACACGUUUGCGAUUUGAAGAAUUAAAUCAAGGUUUAUUUCGCUCUAUUCUCGAUCCAAUUGAUAAAGUUCUCAAAGAUGCCAAAAUGGAUAAAAAUCUUGUUCAUGAAAUUAUUUUAGUCGGUGGAUCUACUCGUAUUCCUAAAGUUCAAAAAAUUAUUUCAGAUUUUUUUAAUGGAAAGGAGUUAAAUAAAUCUAUUAAUCCUGAUGAAGCUGUUGCUUUCGGUGCUGCAGUACAUGCCUCUAUAAAGUCUGGUGAUGAAUCAGAAAAGUUACAAAAUCUACUGUUGCUUGAGGUUGCACCUUUAUCUCUUGGUAUCGAAACUGCUGGUGGAGUUAUGACACCAAUUAUAAAAAGAAAUACCACAGUUCCUACCAAAAAGUCAGAGAUCGUUUCUACAUAUAGUGAUAAUCAACCUGGUUUACUUAUUAAAGUAUAUGAAGGUGAACGUGCUCUAACAAAAAAUAAUAACCUUCUUGGUAAAUUAAUUUUAACGGGUAUUCCCCCAGCUCCUCGGGGUGUGCCACAAAUUGAAAUUACUUUUGCCCUGUGUGCUCGUAAAAUUCUGAAUGUUUCUGCUGUUGAUAAAACUACUGGACGGUCUGAAAGUAUCAUUAUUGAUGGUGGUGAGAAUAAUAAAGACCUAACUUUACUUGAUCCAGAAUGGC